UGUUUUAUAUCUUUAUCUGUGUAGUAUGACUACCCCUUUUUGUUCAAACAUAAGACGUUUAUAAGAUAGUUAUAAACAAAAUGAAGGAAAGGUCACGAAAAAUCAUUUGAGGCACCCUGAAGAACCUUACAAAUCCUAGACUUUUUGCAGUAGACUUGUAGAGUUGCCAUGGAUGGUGGUUUACUGUCCCUUAAGUGGAACAACCAUCGCUCCACUUUCCUUCAUGUUCUCUCUACUGUCAGGCGGAAGGAGUCAUAUUGUGAUGUGACUGUUGCCUGUGAUGGAAAAUUCUACCCGGUGCACAAACUGGUGUUAUCAACAUGCAGUGAUUAUUUUGAACAAAUGUUUGAAAGAACAAACUGUAAACAUCCAAUAAUAGUGUUAAAAGAUAUUAGACAUGAGGACUUAGAAGCUCUCUUGAAUUAUAUGUAUGUAGGUGAAGUGAAUGUGUUACAAACUGACCUGUCUGGACUUAUUAAGGCUGCCGAGUGCUUAAGAAUAAAAGGGUUAGCUGUCCCAGACGAGUCACCGAGUGAAUCGGAGCCUACACAGGAUGGUAAGAGAAAUAUACCAUGGACUGGCGAUGGACCUGAGGCUAAACGUAGAAGACCGGAGGAAGCCUCUCCUGUUUCACAAAGAACAGGUCAGACUCCAAGUGACAAGGGAGGGAGGGAUCUUAUGACAAGGUCUCCUGCAGGUUACAGAGAGCCAUUCAGAGUACCCUCCAGGGCAAGAGAACCAAUCAGAGUCCAAUCCAGUCCUAGUCCAGUACCUGUACCACGAAGUCCAGAGACUCACUUACCAAAUGCUGCUGUUACUGAAUCCCCUCCUGAAGUACCACACCCUGCCUCUCAUGAUUCGGGAUCUACCACCCAAACGGAUAGUACUACACAAGGGCCCUCAAAUACUAGUAAUGAAUUAGCUGGCACCACAGAUAAUACGUUGGUUAUGGAUGAUCCCCUAGUCAAAGAAGAACCUCAGGAUGAAUACUCAGAAGCUGAUGAUACCAAAGAAUCCAUUCCAUCAGCAGACUCUGAUCCCAGUUUAAAUUAUUCCCUUCAUGGUGAUCACUCGGGCAGCCUAGCAGGAGAGACUGCAAGUACAGGAUUUAAUCCUCCCAGUAUUAGGCCCACCAAUCAGCCACAAACUAUGGAAGAUCUUGUUGCGCAGGCUCUUCCUGGAGCAUCAGGCCUUCAAGGAAAAUCUUUGUGGGAAGGUGAACGAGGUCUACUAGGAAUGCCUUUUGAAGGUUUCUCAGGAAACCAAACCAGAGCUUCGCAAAUGGUAGCAAUGGUGGCAUCAGUAAGACCUGAGGACGAUUUAGCAGCUGCGUCCACAAGCGUCUAUAAACACAACCUUAGUACCUCCUUCACCCCAGUCUGCCCUUACUGCAACAAGUCCUCCUUCUACUCUCCAAGGGAUCUGGAGCGUCAUAUUCGUGUUCAUACUGGAGAGAAGCCAUACAAAUGUCCUCAUUGUAAUUAUCGUGCAAGGCUGAAAGCACACAUGAAGUCUCACUUAUUGCGAAAGCAUGAGGGACAGUUAAAUAGUAGUAUGAUAGGAAUAAUAUCAAGUGGGCAUCAGUAUCAUUGAGAAUAACAUUGCAACUAGAAUUUACAGUAUUUUUAUUUUGGGAACUCAAAACAAAUUUCUAAUAUUUAAAUGACAACUUUCAACAAAUCUAAUCAAUUUGUGAGUUAGGAGUAUGAGACCUUUAUAUGUGUAAAUGUUUUUACAUUGUUUGCAUAUGCUGCUUCAUCAGGAACACAUUAAUAUAUAAGAUAUGUACUGUAUAAAAUAAUUAAACUAGGACCUAAGUAUCUAAUUCGAGCUUCAAAUGGCAAGGAAGUGUAUCAUUAUUUUAUGUAUCUUGUAUAACCAGUUUUGGUAGAUUUUCUUAAUACUGUAUUAUUACAAAAAAAAGAGCACUGUAUUAAAGUACAGUUUAAUUAUCAAAUUACAGUAUUUUAUUUUUAAAUUUACCUUACAGCUAGGCAUUAUAUAAAAUGUUUAGUCGUGUCAGAAUUGGUUAUUAUUCAAUAAUAAUUAUGAGUUAUCACAUAAAGUGUCUCAUUUGAUUUGAUAAAUACUAGUCAUCUUAUUUGAGAAAGAGAAAGUGAAUACUGCAUCUGUUUACUGCCAUAAACAAGGAUAACUUUCAAAGCUACUUUUAAUAACAAAAGAGUGAAGGUUGGCAAAGUUAUGCUAGUGCUCAGCUUCCAUGUAUAGUAUCAUAGGUCAUCAUUAUGCAGCUCCAGUUAUCCCAUUUUGGUUCUAUGUGAAGUUCAUGCUUGAUACCACUGAGUUUUAUAUUCACUUUUGAUAUACUGUAUAAACAUUAUGCAUUACUGUAUAAGGAAUGAACUAUAAGCAAGGGGAAUGUUCAGUUGAAUAUAAUGUGGGGAGUAAAAUAGUGUGGGAAUGUUAAGAGGAAAAACUUGUUGGAAGAACAAAGUAAAUGCCUGUAAUCAAGGCAUAUAUAUGUGGGAUUUUAUUUAAGUGUAAGUGACAAACAAUCUAGAAAAAAAGGACAAUGUGGUAAUUGGAUGUUACCUUAAGUGGUUUCAGUGCAUCCAUGUUCUUAUUAGUGAUUUUUUGCAAUCUUCUUGCAUUGUUUACAAGGGUGUUGAAUAUUAAUUACAAAGUGAGUAGCUUGUUAUCAGUGUAUACUAAGCAAAUUUUAUAUAACUGCACUGAUAGUAUCAUUAGAAACUUGUGUAAUAAUGAUAUAUAAAUUAAUUACUGCAGUACUCUACUGGAGAUUGUACUUGUGUAAGGAAUAAUAAAUAUACAAAACUCACUUAACAUUAAUAUUAAUUUAAUGCUGUACAGUACUUUAGUAUUAUGAUAAAAUAAUACAUUUUCCAAUUUGUAUGGGUUUUUAUGUUUAUAAAUUCCUACACUGGUCAGAGACCAGGCUAACCAGGACAUUGAUCCUUGCAAUUACCACAAGGUAACCAGAAGUGUAAGAUAUAUGGAAACUUCAUAUCAAAAUGCUAUGAGGAUAUUUAGGAAGAAAAUUUGGAACUGAUAUGAAUUGUAAUCUACAUUAAUAAUAAAGUGUACUAAAAAAUGUAGGACUGCUAAUGGAAAUUAUUAGGAGAGUGUUUGAUACAACUGAAUUGUACAGAAAUGUUAUUGUGCAAUUAUACAGAAAAUGGAGAUAUAAGAUUUGAAACACUGAACAAAAGAUUAUAUUGUAGAUAAUCUAAUUGCUUACAGAAGGCUGUUCUCAGAACCACGCAUAAUCUAUACAAGAUUUUAUUUCAAUAUGGCAUUUCAACAGUACAUUUUGGUUAGCAAUUUGUAUUUCCUCCAGAAAAUGGAGAUUAUUAGUGAUGUCUCUACGUUGAUUUUUGAUAUUUUGGCUAAGAGCCUCAUAUAACAAAGUUUCUACAAUAAAAUAUUAUUUACCAGA